ACAUAUUAUAGGAAUAGGAGUAGUCAACUUUCUUUUGUGCUCUUUUUAUUAUUGUACUACAAUUAGUAUUUGAAUAUAUGGGUGCAGGAAACUCACCAUGUGCUUCAUGUAAGCUGCUGAGACGCCGUUGCGCCAAGGACUGCAUAUUUUCUCCUUACUUCCCUUGUGAUGAUCCUCACAAAUUUGCCAUUGUUCAUAAGGUCUUUGGCGCCAGCAAUAUCAGCAAAAUGUUACAGGAGGUUCCGGUGAAUGAAAGAGCGGAUGCAGUGAGCAGUUUAGUGUAUGAAGCAAAUGCAAGAAUGAGAGACCCUGUAUAUGGCUGUGUGGGUGCAAUAUCCUAUUUGCAGAACCAGGUCACCCAGUUGCAAAUGCAGCUAGCAAUGGCUCAAGCUGAAAUACUUUGCAUCCAAAUGCAAUCUGAGCCACCACAAGCAGCAGCAGCAGCAGCUUUUCCCAUGACACCAGAUAAUCAAUUAGUACCAAAUGAUCAUGACAUUGACAAAUCCUUUUUUCUCUCAGAUCAGUACCUCAACUUUGACUCUACCUCCCAUAAAUGUUGUAAUUCUCAAGAUGGACUCUUUCUUUGGAGAUAAUCAAAACAAAAUCUCACUUUUAGUAUGCUGCUUCAUUAAUAGUUUUUUUUUUUUUUAUCACUUAGAAUUUAUGUUGGUGAAAAUACAUAUACUGUUGUUGAAAAUAAAACAAAUAUAAUUAAAUAUUCAGGUUGAGACACAUAUAUCUCAUUUCUCCUAAAGAGAUUCAAGCUUAAUGCUAUAACCUAUAUCGAUCCAACAAUAUAUU